CAAUUCAAGUUUUAAAAUGUCAAAAAGAAAAUGCAAAAGUGCAAUUUUCGAUUAUCUUAAGUCCACUUACAGCGAACUGCCUCUUUCUGAUAAUUCGACUUCUUAUCAGCUAUGUUUAAAAGGACAUGUUAUUUAUUUGUAUAUUCAAAAUGGAUUUUCAGCUACUAAAACAGAAAAAAAAUAGAUCAUCUAGCAAAGUUAUAUAGUGACUUUUACCAGCAAAAGUACUUGGAAUUACGAAGUACUAUUAUUAGCAAUAUAAGUAACACCAUGAGCGACCGAGUUGCCACAAACCAUGCAACAGUAACUAAGUUAAACAAUUUGUGGCAAAAGUCAUUAAAUGAACUUAACUGUCAUCUUCAUCCAUUAGACACAAUAACCAGUGCUUGUAAGUCAUCGCUUAAAGCAUUGGAAACUUCACAAGGGAAUCUUUUUGGUAAAGACUGUGUUGCUGCUAACAUUGUUGUUCAGCUUAACAAACUCCGUUACAAGGAUGGUAAAGGUGACCCGAAGGGUUUUGUUAUAUUUUUGGAUAACAACAAGCUCCCUAGAGGACUACUACCUCGCUACAAGGGAAAUCGACUACACAUCCUUUUUCACACGUGUGGAGUCUUAAUUCAUUACUAUGCUCUGUUGAGAACUUUCCUGCAUUCUGGUGUGGUUUCAUGUGGAGGACUGAGAAAUAGCUUGCUCCUAGACUUCACAUCAGACACUGGUAUACGCGAGCUGUGUGCUAUAGGUUUAAUGGGAAAAUUAUUGACCGGUCCUUGGAUGACCAAUUUCUAUGUUGCACAAAGUGAAGUUGACUUUUUGUCUGGUGUUGAAGUGGUUAAAGGUGUUCGCAACAUUCUUAUUGAGAGUCAGAAGAAUGCUCUUUCUUUAUUAAACCGAACAACAGACUUUUUUGGUGGUUGUAUUAAUGAUCCGGUGUUUGAUUCUAAUGUUAACUUUUCUCCAAGAACUGAUGAAAUGAGAGACGCAAUAGUCUGCUGUUUGAGUGCUGUUGUUAAUGUCAUUGACCGGCAAUACAAGCGACUGUUUAACUUGAAUACAACUGAUAAACUAGCCACAAUUUUCUUGAGAAUAUUAUUAGGCAUUAUUUAGGCCCUCAGGACUUUGUGAAGCCCCUAAAUACUAAUUAAAAAUAAAAUAUUAACUAUACAAAAAAAUAGAUAGAAGAUAGAAGUUAUAAAUUAAUGCAUAUUUUUUUUUUUUGUUUUUUUUUUAUGUUGUUUUUUAUAUUUAUCGUUAUUAAUAGUUCACAUAAACAAUCUCAGAAAAUAAGUUUCUUAUUCAUUAUGCAUAUGUAUACAUUAUCUUUUUUUUAGUAUUCGCACCAUUUAAAGGCACCAAGAAAUUUAGUAGCCAUGGCGCAGUGGUUUAGCAGUUGUGGCGCAGUGGUUUGAGCAUUGGACUCUUGAUCCAAGGUUUGCGGGUUCGAUCUCAGCUCGAAGCAAAUAAACGUUAUCGGUAAAGGUGGAAAUAGAAAGUUAUCUUAAUAAAUGCUAUUCUUCAUGUGGCGGUUCUCUGUGACAAGACCAUUAGGACUUCUUAGAGCACCUUAAUAACUAAAAACAAAAGUUUUAAGAUUUAAUAGGAGUGUACCUUACCACUUUUUAUUCGGCUAAUUUUUAUUUUU